AUGCUCUCUCAAACCCACAGCAGACCAACGGAAAUAUUUCUAGUAGACGCGAGCCUUUGGGUGCAUUUGGCGAUGGAGAGCCCAAACUUUACGCACGGAUCUGCGUCCUCAAAUGAGUCUCGAACUGUGAAAGCAAUCGCUUUACCGAUGUUUAUGUUUGCUGGUGGUGCGAUUGGCAAUUUGAUAGCAAUUGUGGUUCUUUCAGUGUCCCGGCAGGAGAGGAAGUCCUCCGCUUUCUACGCGCUGGUGCGCGGUCUGGCUGUGACGGACCUGCUGGGCACAUGUCUGGCCAGCCCGUUAACCAUCGCCACUUACCUGGACCAGCACGUGCUGGGGGGCCGGCACUUCUGUGAAUUUCACUCAUUUUUGUUGCUGUUUUUCGGCGUGACCGGACUGAGCAUCAUUUGCGCCAUGGCGGCCGAGCGGUACCUGGCCAUCUGCUGCCCGUACACCUACCAGCGCUGGGGGGUGGACCGGCGCUUUGCGCAAAAGUUCCUUUUCUCCAUCUACAUCAGUCACAUCUUGUUCUGCUGCAUGCCCGUGAUGGGCAUGGCCCGGAGCGAGCUGCAGCCGUCCGGCACCUGGUGCUUCAUCGCCUGGAGGACGCGGGAGGCGGCGCCCAGCGCCUACUCCGCCCUGUACGGCGCGGCCAGCCUGCUGCUGAUCGUGGGCACCAUCGUGCUGAACCUGGCGGUGUGCGGAGCGCUGCUGCUCAUGCGCCGCAGGACCGUGCGGGCCCGGGGGCCCGGGGCCCGGGGGCCCGGGGCCAGGAACAGUGUCCGGGAGAGGUGGAGGGCGCUGUCCUCGGCCGCAGAGACGCAGAUGAUCGCGGUGCUGGUCACGACCUCCGCGGUGGUGCUGGCCUGCUCCGCCCCGCUGGUGGUACGCGUGUUUGCCAACCGCUUCAAACAUGAUGACAAAGCGGACCUGGCAGCCAUCAGGAUUGCUUCAGUUAACCCCAUCCUGGACCCGUGGAUCUACAUCCUCCUCAGGAGAUCCCUUUUCCGAAAGUUACUCAGUUUAUCAAGAAAACGCCGCAACACUUCCCCGCCUUCGCCACAAAGGAAUCUGCUGUGUCCUGAUAUCAUGAAGGAAAGCCAUGUGUUCACCCGGCUCAUGUGCAACGCAAGCAUCAUCACUUUGCCUGCUACUGCUAAGUUCGCUCAGUACGACAUGGAGGGUGUCCACCAGACCUAAAUCUCUGCAAAUUCAGCUCAUAUGCGAUGUCUAUGAGUGUUUGAAGCGAGUGCAGGGCUGACGAGUCUGUUUCGGAGUCUGCCAGUGAGAAAGACAUAUGAGGAUGUCUGUGCAGACCUUCAACUUCUACUGUCAGAGUGGAUGUAGAACUAUUUAUUAAAGAAUGGUGGAAGAGCACUGAUAUGUAUUGACUUAAGUGCAAUAACAUGACACAAAUGAGACUGCACUACUACUACUACUACAAUACUACUGUCAUUUAGCUUUUAUCCAAAGCGACUUACAUCUGAGAGAACAACACAAGCACAAAAUCACUACUACCUCUACAGGUAGAUGUUCAGCUUUUUUCAGCUAUUAUUGUUAGAAACCAUGAUUUGUUUAUCGGAAAUAUCAGUUGUGGAUGGACCAUGACUCAAACUGCGCUUAAUCUGAAACAUUAGGGUGUUCUGGAAAUCAUCAAACUGUUCACCUAAACCUUUUAGAAAAUUUGAACUAUAAACUGUUUAAAAUACAUAUAUAUAUUUAUUGUCAAUUGAUUUUACCCUCAGGUUUUUGAUUGUUUCAAUUAAUUUUACUUUGGGGAUCAAUAAAGUAUUUUUGAAUUGGAAUUAAGUGUUUAUCAAUACUUUGAAAAAGCAUGCAUCAUAUCUGAAUACAUUUGGUGAAGCUGUUUUGAGUUUGAGGUGAAAACACAACAAAAAAAAAGAAAAAAAAACAUUUAAAAACUGCAAAAAAUUGUUCAGAAAACACGAUAAAAUAAAAAUAUUGACUCUACAAA